AUGACGCUCUCCUCGCUCAUGGUCAGCCUGCUGCUGUGGGCGCUGGCCCUGUGGGCCAUGCAGGACCGCCUGGAGAAGGACCACCUCGAGCUGGAGAGGCCGCUGCCCCAGAACGCGGAGCUGGAGUGGCUGGAGUUUCGGGACGCGGAGGUCGCCCGCAGGUGCGCCCUGGUAUGGGCAGACUUGCCGCGGCUCACCCGUUGGACGUUUGCCUUCGGCGCCGUCGUUCAGGUGCUGGUGUGCCACGUGCUGUGCUGGAUGAACGACAGCCUCUUCGGCAACGUCAACGUGUCCGACGACAUCGACACGCUGCAGUGGUACGGGUCCGACGGUGGCCUGUUCAACUUCUGGUCCGUGGCCACGCUGUCGGUGUACUGCGCGGCCUUCCUGGCCUACGCCCAGUACGGCGCUUGGCACAGGCUGACCCAGUCGGGGGCCAGGAGGAGGGCCGUCCGGGAGGUCGAGGCGCAGAAGUGCGCCUGGCUGCAGGACUACGACCGAAGGUGCCGAGAGGCGCUCGGCAGCCACGACCGCGUGCCCGCCGCCGCGCCACCCGAGCGCCGCCCGCCGCCCGGGAAGCUCGGCGGCGACGACGCGUGCCGCGGCGCCGUGGGCGCCGCCUCGCCCCGCACGCCCCCGCCCCGCACGCCGCGGGGCGCCAGCCCGGGCGGCCACUGGCCCGAGGCCGCGGGGCCACCCUCGCCGCGCACGGCGGGCGGCCCGGCCGGGGAAGGCCCGGGGGACGAGCGGGAGGCGGGCGGGCAG